GAGAGAGUGGCGAAGGAGAAGGAAGCAGUGGACUGAAGCUGAGAAGGGGAACUCCCACACAGGGCUCUACACUCUCCUAGAGAGUUCUAGAAGGACCUGGAAGUUCUCCCUGCUGCAGGUGAGGAUGACCAUGGCCGACUCUUCCUCCUCCUGUUCCUGUUGUGACAACCUAAGACAAAGAUGCCCUAGACCUCAGGGCUUGCUGGCUCAAGUCAUCACCAAAGCAUGUCUGCUAGCGUUGCUGUUCGGGGUGGUGUGGUCCAUCACCCAGAGAGAGUGUCUGCCUGGAGGGAAGCUGUUUGGCGUAGUGAUCUUGUUCCUCUGUGCUGUGUGUGGGGGCAACCUGGUGGGGAUGAUCAAGCUGCCCACUCUCCCCCCCUUCCCUCCUCUACUUGGGAUGUUGCUGGCUGGAUUAGUGCUGCGUAAUGUUCCCUAUGUAACUGAUGUGGUGUACAUCGACCAAACAUGGUCUGUUGCUCUGAGGAACAUCUCUCGGGCCAUCAUGUUGACCCGGGUUGGUCUGGGACAGGACCCUACGGCUCUGCGGAGGCUGAAAGCGGUGUGUUUGCGUGUGGCAGUAGGACCCUGUACAGUGGAGGCCUGCACAGUUGCAGUGGUGUCUCACUUCCUCAUGGGGCUCCCCUGGGUAUGGGGCUUCAUCCUGGGGUUUGUCCUGAGUGCUGUGUCUCAGGCGGUGGUGAUUCCCUUCAUGUUGCUCUCACAGAAGGAUGGUUAUGGGGUGCAGAAGGGCAUCCCCACCCUCCUGAUGACUGCUGGGAGGCUAGAUGCUGUCCUGGCCAUCACUGGCUUCACCACCUGCCUGGCUAUGGCCGUCUCCAAAGACACUACCUGGAUGAACAAGGGCCUGCUGGAUGUGGUUGGAGGCAUGGGGGUCGGACUCCUGCUGGGAAUAUUCAUCUGCUUCUUCCCAAGCAAGGAUCAGGAGGACUUGGUGUUGAGGCGCUGCGUGAUGCUGCUGGGUCUGUCGGUCUUCUCUGUGUUCGGCUGCAGAGUGGUGGGCUUCCCUGGAGCUGGGAGCGUGUGUACCAUGGUCAUGGCCUUCCUGGCUGCCCUGGGCUGGGGGGAGGACAAGGCCCCAGUAGCAGCGAUGGUGGGGAGAGCGUGGGAUAUCUUCCAGCCUCUGCUGUUUGGACUGAUCGGAGCAGAGAUCACUGUGUCCACUCUGGACCCCAACACUGUGGGCUUGGGGAUGGCCUGUCUCUUUACAGGCCUGCUGGUUCGUCUUCUGGCUACCUUCCUCCUGGUUCACUUUGGAGGGUUCACCCUGAAGGAGAAGAUCUUCAUCUCUGUGGCUUGUAUUCCUAAAGACACUGUCCAGGCGGCCUUGGGUUCCGCUGCCCUGGACAUGGCUCUUGUGGAGGGAGACGAGGUUCUGGUGAAGUUGGGUCUGGAUGUUCUGACGGUGGCGGUUCUGGCCAUCCUCACCGCAGCUCCUGUUGGAGCGCUGGGGAUCGGACUGGCUGGACCCAGACUGCUGCACAGACACACUGAGGGUGAG